AUGCGCAGUCUUGGUUUCCUACAGGAGAAGGAGAAAGAAGAUGUUGCCAUCUUCUUGGAUACUGGUGUGGAGGACACCGUCGCCGUGCCAAAGUCUUUCAUCGCCCGGGUCAUUGGCAAGAAGGGUGCCACGAUAGCCGAGGUGCGGGCCAAGAGCGGCGCUUGGAAAGUGGAUGCCAGGGACCAGAGUACGGACCCUUGCCAAGUGAAGCUCCAGGGCACGCCGGAGGCCGUGAAGAAAGCUCGAGAGCUGAUCCUGGAGUUGCUGAAACCCCUCCGGGAGAAGCACUCGGACUCAGAGUUCGUGGACAUCUCCCAGGGCCAGAUCGGCAAGGUCAUCGGCCUAAAAGGUGCUCGCGUGCACGAGCUCGAGGCGCAGACGGGCGCAAAGAUCGACAUCGACUACAACCGGGAGCCGUGCAGGGUUUACCUUACGGGCAAUCCCGACAACGUCCAGACGGCGAAGCAGCUGCUGACAUCUAUUGCCAACGACACGCUCGGGGCGUAA